AUGAACGAUAUACCUGUUCAACCCAAAGCACCCAUACCACGUGAGAUAUUAUGUUCGGGAGAAGAAAACGUGCAAUUUAUUUAUCCCUGCGGUAUUAAACAAUGCACGUGGUCACCGGGAUCCGAUUUGAAUUCGUCGCCUCACGCGCCUUUUUCACCCCCUCCCGAAUCCCAGAAAAUUCUACCAAAUAUUUUACACGCCAUCGGAAACACGCCUCUUGUAAGGCUCAACAACAUACCUCAAAGUUAUGGGAUAAAAUGUGAAAUUUUGGCUAAAUGCGAAUUUUUCAAUCCUACCGGAAGCGUAAAAGACAGGAUAGCACUCAAUAUGAUUCUGGAUGCGGAACGAAAAAAUAUUUUAAAACCUGGAGACACACUCAUAGAGCCAACAGCAGGAAAUACCGGUUUGGGGUUAGCGAUAGGAGCCAGGUUAAAAGGUUACAAAUGCCUUUGCGUCAUGCCCAUGAGAAUGUCAACAGAUAAAGUAGACGCACUCAAAGCACUCGGAGCCAAAGUUUUACGCAUACCAAAAGGGGAUUUGGGUACGGAAAAUUGCAUAUUUAACGUGUCGCAAAAAGUGUGCAGAGAAACACCCCAUUCGAUUAUUUUAGAUCAGUUUAGAAAUCCAUCCAAUCCUCUCGCACAUUAUGAAAGAACGGCCGAAGAGAUAUUAUACCAAUGCGAUGGAAAAAUCGAUGGGAUCGUUGCUGCAGCAGGAACGGGUGGAACUCUGACGGGAAUCGGAAGAAAAAUAAAAGACAAAUGUCCCACUUGUAAAAUAAUAGGUGCGGAUCCUUUGGGAUCUAAAAUGGCGGAACCAAACGAAAUCAACGAAACCGACGUUAAAACGUUUGAAAUGGAAGGAAUCGGUUUCACGUUCGUGCCAACGACUUUAGAUAGAUCGGUCGUGAGCAAAUGGUAUAAAGUCAGCGAUAAGGAUUCCAUGUUGAUGGCUAGAAGACUGGUUGCAGAAGAGGGAAUCCUUUGCGGAGGAAGUUCAGGUACGGCCAUGUGUGCAGCGAUAGAAGAAGCUAAAACAAUGUCUGAAGGAGAAAGGCUCGUCGUCAUUCUGCCAGAUGGUUUAAGAAAUUACAUGACCAAAUUUGCCAGUGAUCCUUGGAUGAAAAUUAGGGGAUACGUGGAGGUUGAUGAAGAAAAUCAUUGGUGGUGGUCUUACAUACCAGUAAAAGUCCUCAAACUUAAAAAUCCACACAUUAUAAAUUCAUCGGCAACUUGUUCACAAGCUAUUCGAAACAUGACAAAAAAUAACAUGAACCAUAUUUUUGUCGAAAAAAAUGGGUUGAUAAUUGGAUUUACAACAUCGGAAAAUAUGCUAUCAGACCUAAUGGAAUUCAAAUAUAAAUUUGAAGAUGCCAUUGAAAAUGUGGUUGCUCCUAUCAAAACGGUAAAUGAUGAAACACCUUUGGGUAAAAUAUGCGCCAUUUUACAAGUUGAAAAAUUUGUACUCGUCGAAACAGGUAAACAUUUGAAAUUGUAUUGUUUGCAUUUUCAAAACAUUUUAAUGGGUAUCAUAAAAUUUCCUGUAGAUAAAAUUCAAAAUGGACAAUGGGAAAAAGAAAUAAAAUAUGUGAUGACAAAUGACCUACUAGCGUUCAUAAGUGAAGAUCAAAAUUGA